AUGUGGAGAGGGGAUGGUCAAACGACACCCAUUUACAUCUUGCCUAUAUUUACUCACGGUGGCAUCGGUAGAAGGGGGGAGACUUCGGCUGUUUUAUUCACUCUUUUCUUCGCCCUUAUUUUCAUUUUUUAUUUUAUUUUUUUUUUGCGCCUUGUAAGUAGUAAAGCGCCCGCGUUAUUAUUAUUAUUAUUAUUAAUAUUUUGUAUGAUGCCGCCAAAGAAGCGCGGGCAGAACACGCGGGGUCGGGACAAGAUCUUCCGUAAUGCCGUACAGCAUGUGCAUGUUGGCGUUGGUCACAGUGUGCUGGGGGACAUCAUUCUUCGCCCUGUGGCGGGUCUUGUGAGUCGUACCGGCGUUAAGGACGACGAUAACAAUGCGUACGAGGAGUGUGCGUUUUUGGUGGAGCUAAACGAGUUGAUGCUCUCUCACUCCACGACGGAUUUUAAACGAUUUCGUUGGGAGGUGCUGGAGCUCUGUGAGUCCAAAGCACUAUUCCGCCUCAACCACCGCAGAAUUGCAGAAAAGCUCCUAUUGUGUCUCAUGCGACGUGACAAGUUUGCAGAAGGGUUUGAGGCGUUUGUGCGGCUGACGGUUGCCUUUGCGCGUGACAUGCAGGAGAAGUUUUUGGCAUACUUUGAAUGUUUCCAUCAGGCCAUAAACGGUGGGAUCCUGAACUCCAAGGGACAAUUGAUGGCGGACACCAGAAGACUGCAACUUAUUUUUGCCGCGCAGGUCGCAUGGUGUCGUGAGAUGCGUCCCUUCUGGUUACUUAAGGGGCAGCGUAAACUUGUGGAACGCAUCAUUCGCCUGUACGUGCGGCAGAUGCAUGACAAGAAGGAGUACAUAAGACGGCUGUCAGCGGAGGUGUUGGCGUCUGUCUGCCGCAUGGUGAGGGAUUUAGUACCACUUGUCGUGGAAGAGGCAUGCCUAGAUGUGGUACAGGACUUUGAGGCGUACUGUGCCAAUUCCACGCUGGUAGAAGGAAGGGCGGCCUCCGAGGCGAAUAAUGACAAUGGCGCAAAAGAUGAGGAGGGGGUGGUGGAAGAUGAUGAUGAAGAUUACUUCGAUGGGAAAUCAGAGAAGGAGUUAAAGCCACGUCCCACCGUUAUUUCCUCUUCACUCCUGCAGGCGUAUGAGCAGAGUGGCCUUGUGGUGCUCCCCGUUGUGGACGGAUUGUGUUUCCUCGCUGCAGAGAUGUUUCGGGGCAUCCGUGGGUCUCUUAGCACGAACUUUGAAAAUCACUACGUGCUACUUGCUCACGUUUUUGGAAUUUUGCGGCGUACGCAGUUUGCCGGCACAUACUGUUCAGGGGGAGGAAUGAACGAACAAGAAAUGUUUGGCUUCACAGAAGAGGAGACAAAAAACUUCAUUCAUGCCUCCCGAUGGACCGAAAUGUUUAUGGAUGCCCGGGACGAAAAGGACAUGAAGGGAGAAAGCCAGCAGGGUGAGGAGGAGGUGGUGGUGGUGAAGGAACUCGUUCAGAUGAUCGGUGGUGUAGUCAUUGGCAGCGCCUUACGAAUGAUAGUGGAGGAGACAGUCACUUCCUCCUCUGCCGCUGGUAAUGUUGCCGGUGACGAGGAAAGGGAAAACGAAGAGGAGAGGCAGGGAGUGCGGGCCUCGUCGCUUCAGAUGCUCAGGGCGGUGACGGCACUGUUAGAGUUUUCACCGCCGCAUGCACAUUUGUUAGGGUCGCUUUUGCAUGCGGCAGAUUAUAAACUUUUGCGCGACCCUUCGGCAACAUCCACGCUUCGGAAAACUUCUGAAACGCUGCUGGAAAAGGCAAGGCAGCAAAUCCAGACGGUUUCAAAGGAAAUGACAGACACAAAGGCAAUGAAAUAUGAUGAUUGGUGUCGUGUCAUGCGGGCCUGUGGUGGUAUAUUGGAGGUGUUUACGCCAUUAUGUGUUGGCCCGACUGCUUUAACCUCCCAUGCGAAGACGCUACAAGGCAUUUUUUUGCCUCUCGCUCAGGAGAUUUUAAUGACGUGCCUUUCUAUUUCUGCCCGCCACCACUACCACUACCAACACAAAAACAACAACAACAAAAACCAUGCCGCUUGUGAUGCUUCUGUGGGAGAUUGGGAUGUUUUACGAAGAUCAACGAAACGAAUGUUGUUUGCUUUUAUGCAAGAUGUGCUACAGAAAAACUAUACGUUUUUUCUACGAGACGAACGUCGGUUAAUUGAGGGAGAAAAAGACCCAAGUGGCGAAGGGCACAUGAUGGUGACAUCGUACUUAUCACCAUUUGCGUUAUCCCUUUUGGUCCCUGUACUCCAUAGUGCAUGUGUGGAUGCGAAUGUAGCACUAGAUCGUGUCCGCAACAAAGACAAGACCCUAAAAAACGAUACAUGCGUCUCGGUGAUGCGUGAAGUAACACAUGCGGUGAUGAUGGCUCGCAUGAUGUGUGAUCGGACGACACAUCUGGUGAAAAGCCCUCUGUACUCAGCAUUGACGACCAACAUUUCCCCAUCCACUUUUAUUCCACUUGCUGCAUCUUCUACCUUCUCGGAAGCUGCCAUCUCUUCCUUGAUAAAUCGAGAUGCCUUAACUGCAAGUCUACAGAACUUCUUGCAUGGUGUCUUGUUGGUCUUCGCAAACGCACAGGAAGGUACGGACGAGAAAUCAAAGACGGAUGCAUCGAAAUGGGCCGAUGUAGUGUCGGCGAUUCUUCCGCUGGUCUUGACAGUGGUUGAUGCCGAGGAAGCCAUGAAACGUAUGCCGGGUAAGAAUAGUACCGCCGACAGUGGAAAAAAACCCUUUGUGUGGAUAUUUCGAGAUGCCCUACUGCGAGCUAUAAGAGGUGUCAAGAGCAUCAUCGUUGGUAAUAAGAGUAAUAAUAAGAAUAACGAGAAGAAGAAAAAAAAAGAAGAAGGACAAAAAUUAACACCACUGACACGACUUACAGCCGCUUCCUAUUCCUUGUUUGCACAGGCGUCAACCUUGUUGGUGCAACUGGACACAUUAACAGGUGAACUGGACUCAAAGAACAUGCAAGUGGAGUGUGUAGGAUUUCUAAAGGAUGCCGUCAUAGUUCUUGCCGCGAGCUUCCAAAACAGGCAUGUGAAGGAACUGAAUGACGAGGAGACAGGGCGACUUCUUCAUGGAAUGGAAUGCCUGUUGUUUUCACUACUGCGUCUCUUUGGGGUUGAGCUUGAACUUGAGCGUGACGCAGAGGUCACAGUUGUCUCCUCAAAGAAGGCCCGCGUCAAGGGCUCAACAGACACAGGAGAGCGAACAUUACUGACGGCCACAUCGCGUCUUCAUGGGGCAAUUGACAUGGCGACUCAACGGGCGCUUGUAGAGACUCUACUUCUCGAGGCCCUUGCGUCUCCGGUUCAUUCACUGCGUGUUGUCGCUAUUCGAUUGCUGCGGUUGCUCUGCCACCCAAGCGUGUCGGAGGCGGAGCGUACUGCGGGUUGUUGUGCCAUUGACACCUCCUUUUUUGAUGCUCUACUGAGUGCGGAGCUCUUUGAUCCCUUGUCUGCUGCAGGCAACCUGGACGGUGUGCGUCAGGCGCUGGCGAAGUUGACAUUUGAGGUGGCCGCGGGCACACUGCGGAAUCCAAUCCAACGUGUGAUUUUGGCACAUGCAAUGGUUGGUCUGCUACACACUCGGUUUGCGGAAGCACAUCCAAUCGCGUUGAAAAUGCUUGCAGAUCUUGUGCGCAUGGAGAACACAUCUGCUCCGGUGCUAAAACGACAAAAAAGAUGCGAUUUGGGAAUUUCAGGGGAAAGUAACCAUUCUUCUGUCGGCAACACUUUAUCUCCUACCUCGGAAGCCGCAUCAUCUUCAUCUUCGUUGGCGAAAAAAAUGGAACCGCUUGUUUGGCGAGGAGUUAUAUGCCGGUACGCCCGUGCGGUGGUGUUUGGGGACAUUCUGCGCAGGGCGGCAGCGGAGGAUUUCAAUGACGAGGAGGAUGAAGAAGACGAAGACGCUGGUGGUGGUGGUAGCACACAUGCACGUGGAAGGACCAAUGUGUGGUACCGUAUUUGUCUCACAGAUAUGCAGCGCCAUGAGAAGGGCGAACUUGUGAGCAAAGAAUUUGCUACAGCCCGUUUUACUUUCUCCACGGUUGCGCUGCUGCAGCUGGCCAAUACCGACGGCGAGGUGCUGUCGUGGCGGCGUCAUUACUUACCCUCUGCGUCACCGACACACACGCACGGGGCAAUUACCGCACGCGCCACUGACCGCGCAGUGUUGGCCAAGACAUUUUUGUCCGGGCUUUCGGAGAUGACACGCGGGGCGGUUGGCGACGAGCGGGUGUCGCUCGCAGCGGAGUUGGUGCUUGAGUUGUCUGCUGUACGCCGUGGCGAGCACCCUGAUGGGUUGCGGCAACUUAAAAUGUUGGAUGACCGCCUUGUGUUAGCGAUGAACGCCUGUCAUGUGACGCCCGUGUCGUCUUUGAAUGAACACUUCCCGGCGCAUAUCCGGUCACGUCUCAUCAGACAAAAUGAGCAACUACAAACGAUGUGCAUUGGACUUCUUUCAGACUCAAACACCAAGCUGCAGCGCGCUGCCAUCGAUCUGCUCCAGCGACUUAAGGUUCUUCCCUUCUCGAGUCAUCAUGCCCAAUUGAUUCCCUACUGUGACACGCAGAAAAAUCUCUUUCAUUUUCUGUCCACAUUCCACAUUGAGACGGAUAUUCCAGAGGAGGAUAAGGCAGAUUACAUUGCCACCGCCAUCGCCAUUGUGCUGCCAAAGCUUACGGCAAAGUUGUCAAAGGAAAAGUUAAAGGACCAGGCUAUUCUUCAGCGUCGGAUACUGUCCAUGGUGACACAUCUCUCAGCGACCGGGGAAUUUGCACAAGUUCUGGAAGGAAUAGUGCAGAGACUUAUCUUUGAACGUGUCAUAUCCAGUGGGAAUAUGAAUUCAGCCGCAGUGCAAUUCCCAGAGAUGUGGGCGGAGUGGGUGGAAAGCAACAGUCACUGCGCACGACGUUUGGAACGUCUUGUGAAGCAGUUGUUGAACACGAUGCAGUUACUACAUGCGCUACUGCAGUCUGUUGGUAAAGGUUUUGAGUCUUUUGCGGGGUCAUGCAUGUACCUUUCCCUCAAUGCCUACCUUGUUGGCUGUAAGCAAAUCCUCCAGGCACCGUUAGGCGAAGACACGAUGUGUGAAACCGAGAAAUAUUGGCGUAUACGUAACGCAUUGUCUUCAUCGACUCUAAACACAUUUCUUCCAAAGUUGCGUCGCACAGCUGCAGGAAUGGUAUCAUCUCUUUUUGAACAAUUUCCCUCAGAAGUAAUGAUGGCACUGCGGAAGGAUCUUGUUGAGGUUUCAGGUGGAGAUGUGGCUCAAAGUCUCAUAAGUCGAUAUGUCUCCAUGUUACAUGAGAAUAGCAAUGGUGUCAUAUCCGAGUUUAAGAGCACCCAACGUGCUGGGGACGGUCAUAAGACGGGAGUUACACCGUUGCUGCGGCUUGUACGUGCAUGGGUUGAAUCACCCUUCACCAUGCCGUUGAUUGGAGCCUUUGGUGAUACCGUAACGGCCAUGUUUAUGCAAGUCUUUGGAUGCAAUGCGAUGAGUCACACCAUGAAGAGUUCUUCCACAAAUAUCGUGACUGUGUCUUCCUCUGUGUCCACCAGCUUGUCUCUGCAACAGGCAUCGACACUCUCAAUUUAUGAGGGACUGCGUUGUGUGGGCAUCAUCCUUGCGUCUAGUGAUGAAUCUUUUGAUGUCUUUGGUGCUCCUGGCUCUACUACUUUGCAGAAUGCAUACAUUAAACCGUAUGUGACGACAAUUUUCGGCUCUCUCUAUCGGUUAAUUGUGUGGGGUGCCUCUUCUUCGACUCUCUCGCAAUCGUCCUUUGGCGAUGACCGCUUGGGUGCAACUCAAAAGAAGCGGAGGUCGUCCUCCGUCAUGACAUUUAGCGUGCCCAUGUGGAAAGAGAUGAUCGCGACGGUCACAAUGCUUUCCGAAUACGUGGUUGUACCAGAUACGACGGAAGAUGAAAACCCCGAGGAAUGUGUGGAUGCCAUGCUCUCUCGACUUUUAGAGAUGUGCAUUGCCUUUGUGGCUCACCCCGCCUCUGCCAAGGAUCGACAGACGUGCAUUACGGCUGCCAACAUGUUGGAGGGUUUGUUGCCCCGCAUGCGGCAUGUGGGCGUCGUCGAGCACUUUGAGCCGCUUGUACGUUUAUUUAACGUUGUGACAUGCCCAGAGGCGCGUUUGGCAUUAUGCCGCGCUCUAUCGAUGGUGCUUUCACGGUUGGUGUGUCCUGCAUACUUCCAUCUCCAUGCAGACAAGGUGAAGCGGGGUUCUGCGGCUCACAUGGCACAAAUGGCUGCUGUGGGGCGUGCCGUGACGUGUCUCAACGCCUUCGCGGAAGACAAUACGGAUUUGGGGCGGUACGACUUUGAACUGCGGUUUCACACUUUCCGCUCCUUGCGGCAGUUUUUUGCGCAUAACGGAAACUACGGAGCUCUUCUCGCAAAACACCAGCGCACAGGAGAGGGGUUAUCGUCUAAUUUUUCCCCAAGAAUCGAGAAACAAGUGCGGUAUGAAAGGGAGUACAGUGGCGCCACAGAUGUCACGAUUCCUUUAGACAAGGCGGAGGCUCCUGUGUUGUGUGUAGAGGCCGUUUUUGCACUGGCGGCGAAUGUGAUGUUUUUUCUGCGUGAUCCAGAGGGGACGAUACGUGUGUUAGCAGCCCAAUUGCUGGACGCGAUGAUUUUGUAUGCAUCACGACAGAAGGAUAUCGCAACGUCAUAUGACACAAUGAUUCUUGAGCAUGUGAUUCGACGGGAGAUAUUGCCUUCUCUGCGCCGCGGCAUCACAUCUCGCGAUGUACACAUCCGCCAUGCACAUAUGCAAAGUUUUAGCGCCUUGGCGCGGUAUUACCCUCAGUCCUUUUCUUCAUUUGCCGCACUGCACUCAAGAAAUGUGGAGCGGUGUUUUUUUGCAAAUGUGGGUCACGUUCAGCAUCGGUGUCGUGUGAAGGCGUUGGAGUUGUUGCGGCAAAAUGUGGGACGUCUUCUACCUCGGGAUCUUCUUCGUGUCUUUGUGCCGUUUCUUCUUGUGGCGGUGAAGGACUUUGCGCAGGGAAAGUGGGAUCUACAGAACCUCACGGAGGGACGUGCAAAGGGUUACUGCGAUGCCGUGUUGACAACCGUGGCGACUUUGGCCGCGGCUUUGCCAUGGGAGGGGUAUUAUCGCGUGCUGAGUCUGUUUAUGCAGAAUGCCCGUGAGAGUGCCUCCUUGCGACUGCCGAUGCUUCGUGGUGUGGUGAUGAUGCUUGAUCACUUCCACUUUUUGAACGACGGUGAAACUGAUGGUAAUAAUAAUAAUAAUAAUAAUAAUAAUAAUAAUAAUAAUAAUAAUAAUAAUAAUAAUAAUAAUAAUAAUAAUAAUAAUAAUAAUAAUAAUAAUAAUAGCGGGAUUAAGGGUGGGAAAAAGGGGCAGGUGCGGGAUGCAGACAUUACCCGCCCGGACACGGAUGCCUCUGCUGAUGCAGAUGACGACGAGGAGGACGAGGACGAGGACGAGGCCGCAGCAGCUCUCCAUGCAAAGCGUAUUAAGUACCGUCACGCGCAUGUCAUUCAUGUUCUGGAAGACGAUAUCCUUCCACAAUUGUAUGAGUUCUUGGGUAACGACUCGCGCAAGGCUCACCCUAUUGACACUGAACUUCGUGGGAAUGUGCACACCAUUGCGAGUGUGCGUCAUGAGAUGCGGAAGGCGGACAAUGCCCAACAGAAAACGGCAAUUCUGCAGCUACCUGUGGCCAUCGCCAUUACAAAAAUUGUGAAGCGCUUCCCACCGGAGCGUUUUUCUCUGCAUGUGGAGCAUCUCCUUGAUGAAGUGAUAUUAAAACUGCGAACGAAGAGCGAUAAGCACCGAGAAAGCGCGCGAAAAAUUCUCAGCGCAAUGUUGUGUGAAACAGGACCCGGUAAACUUGCGUUUGUCAUCACGAAACUGCGGGAUCACCUUGUGCACGGCUACCAGCUGCAUGUGCUUGGCUACACGGUCGUGACACUUCUGUACAACCUCUAUGAACCUCAGCAUGCCAUGUCAUACAGGCGGAAGAAACAUGUGAUGGGCGCGGAAGGUGCGGCAGCAGCAGCAGCAAUUGCAGCGAAGGGGACGCCGAUGGAGCAUGCGGGUGCCGCUUUCCAUCAGGGUGAUAAUGAUAAUGAUAAUGAUGAUGACAAAGAAAAGGUUGAGCAGCAGUCACAGACAGAAGCGCGGCAAAAAGAAACCACACGGGAAGAAGAAGAGGAUGCGGAAGCAGAGGAGGAAGAAGAAGAUCUGGUCCGUCAAUUGAUCCCUGCUUCCAACAAGUUUGAUUGGGCAUACGGAGUGGAAUGCCUGACGUCGUGCUUGGAUAAUCUGAUGAGUAUUUUCCUGGACGACUACCUCGGUGAAGUGGGGGAACAGAAGGAACAGGUGGAGCUCAUGAGCACAAUGGUAGAAGUGAAGCGGAAUCGUGCCCUGCAGGGAUUUACUCUCAUUGCCUCCCAUUGCGAGGCAAGCCGUGUGAUUGAGGUCUUCUUAGAGAAGAUUACAUGGCUUUUGACGCCCCCAAGCAUGGCGGAUACGGUGGAUGUAAGUACCCUGCGUGGGAGUGCUCGUGCCGCCGCCCUGUUAUUGCAGGAACUAAAGACAAAGUACAGCACCGUCAGCAAGAACGCCGCCGCCGAUUUUGUUUUUGUUCAAAAGGUUCGACUUUUGGCCGUCCGUUUCGCGCGUGCCCUCAUAAAAAAUGCGACAAUGGAAGUGGAGUCUUCCUUCCUCACCGUGCGAGAUUUACUGCGUCGUCACAAUGAAGUGCGUGAGGAGAAAAU